CAUGUGUUUAUUGUUUACAUUCUUAUGACAAACACGUUUGAAACGCACACGGAUAACACGCAUUUAAUUAUUUAAGUCUACGAUCAAGAUAUUGAAGUCGGUUUUGUGUGUGUGGCGUAGAACGGAAAAUUAUUUUUUUUAGCAAUGAGCCAUGUUUUAAGAACUGAAUGUGUUAUUGUUGGUGAUAAGGCAGUAGGGAAAACUGCAUUGGUACAAAUGUUUACUUCUGAUGGCACAACAUUUCCAAAGUCGUAUAAUAUGACGUUUGGUGUUGAGCUGUACCAAAAGCAAGUGAACAUCCCAGACAUCACGAGCGUCGUUGAAAUGCUGCUGUACGACUCGUCGGGGCAUAAGCUCUACACCGACUGCUUGAAACGAUACUGGCACGCGCCGCAGAUGGUCCUGGCGGUGUUCGACGUGACGAGCGAGGAGUCCCUGGUGGCGGUGCCCCGGUGGGUGUCCCUCGCGGCGGGGGGCCUCCCCGGGGUGCUGUUCGGGAACAAGACGGACCUCGUGGGGCGGAGGGCGGUCAGCCCCGGGGCGGGCGAGGCGGCGGCCGAGAAGCUGGGGCUGGAGUACUUCGAGGGCUCCGCGGUGAGUGUCGUCGGCCGGCGGAGUGCGGUGGAAGGGGUCUCCCAUCCACGCUGUCCUGGACCGUGUCGUGUUGGUUCCGUGUCGUAGCUACUCAGAUCCCACAGAAGGGGCCGGCUCUGUAGGAGGUCUGGGAGUGAAUGGCGGAGCUGGGGGCGGGUCGGUGGGGCCGAAGUUGGGACGGGCCUCCUCAACCUCUCGACCUAGCCGGGCGCUCUCCGGUAACAUGGCCGCGAUUGGAACCGGCGUAUCUGUUUCCCGGUUCUUGGAACCCGUGUUAGGCACUGGUGACAGUGUCUGGCAUGUAAAAGACCCAUCCUUCUCCUAACCAGGAUCAUGCCCUAACGGGAUCAAUCGCCCUGGGGGAGUUUCGAUGUCGAUUAGAGGUGUGAACCUAAGUACAUGUCCUGGACCACGCUCGUCGCAGGGUGUCCACAAGGGGAAAAAAAUAUUUUUUUACCAACUUAGGUGAGAAAAAAGUAACUAGAUUUGAAAAAAAAAAUGUACUAAAUUAUAAUUUGUUAUGGUUUUUUAACAAUUUAGGAAGUUGUUAUGGCAUUGCAAUGCUCGAACUUAAAUAUCACACCACACACAUACAUUCCAUAGUUUUUUUAAAAAUAAUUACGCAUAGUAAUGAAACAUAUUGGAGUUACUGUAAUAUGAUUAUUUUAGAGAAAAAUGUACUAGAUCUGAACGUAAAUGUAUUAGAGCACUAAAAAAUUACUAGAUCUAGUAUGUACGAAAGUACUAACUGUAGACACCCUGCGCUCGUGCCGGGCAGUGGCUGAGUAGGCUUGAGCCUAGGGCGGCAGAUUUUUGGAGCGGCAAAUUUGGGGAUCAAAUUUAUUUUUUCUUUCCCCCCUAACUCAUAGAAAUUAAAAAGAUGUCUGCAUUUCGGUUUUCUGUUUUCUGAUGUUUUGCAGAUAGACAUCUGCAACAAAUUUUCGCCAAAGACUUUCCCCCCUUUCUCCCUUGUCAUUGUACGUUCCGUGAAUCUGUGUAGCAAACUUCCAUUUUCUAGAGUUAAAACAGCUAGUUUCGCCGCCGCCCCGACCAGUAAUCGGCCUCUGCGUUCGAAUUAGUUACUAUUUUACGUCCAAUUUCAACUAAAUUAAAAAUAAUCUAGGACGUGAAAAUUUUGGAGGCAAGGGCGGCAAAAACUUCACAGCCUAUAUACCUUGAAAAUUUGUCAAUCCGCCUCUGGUGCCGGGAUAGCGAUUUGAACGGAUUAAUGGAACUAAUACCUCUAAGAUACAUUACUAUUAUAACCAUAAUAAUCCAAACCUGAAGGGACCUUAAUUUUUUUUUUAUUAUUUUCACAUUGCAACAUAAUUUCUAAAUCAAAUUGAAAUGUAGUUCAAUCUGCACACAAUUUUAUACCGCACUUUUUUUUUUUAAGGGGUUGUUAAGUACAAUUUUAAAAUAAGCUCAAAAAUAUAUACUUAAUUUUUUGUGUGUGUUUCAGAAAGAGCACGAUGGCACGGACGAACCCUUUUACUUCCUGGCCCACACGUGGCACAAGCGGUGCCGUGACGAAACCUGAUCGCCUCGGCACUGCGUGAACACGCACUUUUCCUUUUCACGACUCAGCACAGAGCAUUCGAAGCAGCACGCAGAGUGGAUUAAGUCAAGCAGCGCACACCUUCACGAGUUGAAAAAUUAUUUUGUGGAACAUCUCGACACGGCGUCGUUCCGUCGAGUGGAGAGCGAAGGGGGAAAAAAAGUAGUGCACGUUGCACAGUUGGCUAAACAAAUUUUAAAAUAUAAUUAGAGUGGAAAUUUAUUCAAAUAGCAACCGUUAGCCUACUGCAGCAAAAGAAACACCAUUUCAGUAAUUGUACCACCACAAAUUUAAACAAAAAAAAAAACCUUCGUUAAAAAAAUGAAAAAUAACCACCAAAAAGUUGUUUGUCCUAGUUUAAAAAUGUUAUAUUUUUUAGAUUUCAAAUAAUUUCUUUAAGAUUAAUAAAAAAAUAAUGGUUUCUGCCCAAAAUUUAUUUUUAAAAUUAUCUGUCUCAUUUGACUUGCAUUUGGGAAGCAAAAAAUUAGUGAUAUGAUUGGUGAUUUCAAAGUGUCAUGUUUUGUAAAGUCGUAUGAAAGUUGUAGGGUAAAAAAAUAUUUAAAAAAAUUUAGUUUGUUUGGGAGAGAGCAAUGUUUUUUUGUUAUAUUAAAAUUUUACUUUUUAGUGCAAAAUUAUUUGACAAAAACUAUUCUUUAACUGAAUUUCUUUACCAGUAUUAAAUUAUUCAUCAACAAAAAUUGCUAAACAGUUGACUGCUCCAGUGUUUCAAAACACUUGCAUUUGAAGUUAUGUUGUAACUAAUUAGCACUUGUCACAUUCAUUUGUAUGUACAAUAUUGGUCUAAAUAAAAGCCAGAAUUUUUUUUAUUUCUCUGUAGCCACAUCUGUACAUAAUCAGAUACUUUACUGCUUUUAUUUACGUGAGCGUUUAUUUUUUAAUAAAACCCCUUUCUGCUUGUACAUAGGAGAUUGAAUAAAACCUUAAAC